AUGUACGAAGGAGCAGAGACUCAAGUUAAGAAUAGCGGGGGCACUACAGAACAAUUCCCCGUUAAUGUCGGUUUACAUCAGGGAUCGGCCGUUAGACCUUAUCUCUUUGACCUGAUAAUGGACAUGGUUUGUGACGUGAAGUGUCAUGCACCGUGGAAAUCACUAGUGAAGAAAAGGUGGCAGAAUAUCCGCGACCAAUAUAGACGAAAAAGUAAAGAGGAGAAUCUUCCUAGUGGUUCUGGAGGUCGCAAGAGACAACAAUGGGCAUAUUUUAAUAUGCUCUCGUUUCUGCGACCAGGCAUUGAACAAAUAAACACAAUAAGUAAUUUUGUUGAGGAAAAGGAAUCUUCCCAAAAUCACAUAAAUCUGGGAGAAGCAAAUACAGGAAAUAAUUCAGAAGACUCAAAUAAAGAAAAUGUAGAGUCUAACACAUUUGAAAUGUCCUGCCCAGAUACCAUUUUAACCGUAGAAAACAAUGACAUAGAUGACUGCUUAAAUACUUUCACUUCAGCUUCAAGUUCAAGUGGCUUAAAUGGAUGUAACAAAAAGAAAAGAAAAAAUGAUUGGGAGAAGGAAUUAUUCGACCUACUUAAAAGUACAAAUACUCCCAUAGUGGAAACUAAACAUGAUAGUGAUUAUUAUUAUUUCAUGUCACUGACAGAACGUUUCCGCGAAAUAAAAUGUAAAAAAAAAAUAAUUUACGGAAAAAAAUUGAAGAAGCCUUUGAAGAAGCAGAGGAAUCGGAAUAAAAAAAAUAAUUUAUUUAUACAAUUCUGGAGUUGA